GCCGUACGCGGACGGACAAGGUGCGGAAGAUACUUGACACAGUUCCAAUGCGAGGAAAACAAGCCAUUCAUGUCUUUUAUGAUGCUCUAGUAGAAACAGAGCAAGGACAUUUAGCAGACCUUCUCUUUCCCGAAAGGAAAGAGGAGCGCCUUGCCAAAGAAGCGGCACGCGCGCCCCCUACAUCUACUCCGUGUCCUGCAAACACACAACCUGUUAAUACCCAACCACGUGUUACUAAACCAAUGCAACCGGAAGAGGAAGACGUGCAGUUACCAGAGUUGCCAUGUGACGCCGGGCAUUCUCUGGUAUUUGUUGAUUCUUUGAAGUUCGACUUGUCUGACAGUGUACUGCGGUUACAAGAAAAAUAUUCGCAGGUUUAUAAGAAUGUCAACGCAAACAAAGGGAGAGCGUUGAUUAUCCUUAAUAUUAAAAUGGAAGGCCAUGAUAUACUGAGGACCAAUUUAACUCGACUUUUGAAAAAGCUAGGCUAUAAAGUUGAUCACAAGAAGAAUUUAAAAGCAGAGAAAAUUAAGGAAGUCUUACGUACCGAGGCCCAGAAUGUGGAACACGGAGACGCGGAGUCCUUCAUUUGCAUAUUCAUAGGUUACGGCAAAGGGGGAAUAUUAACGGGGAAGGACGGGAAAACCAUUUGCCUCAGUGAAGUCACAUGCUUCUUCAACGGACAGAACUGUGCUUCUUUGGUGAAUAAACCAAAACUGUUUUUCGCGCAGACAUGUGUGGAUUAUGAAACUAACAAGACUGAAGGGGAAACCAGAGAAGUUAUGGAACAACUUACAGCCGAUCUGCAAGCGGCGUCUUUACGAGAUGGUGGAGAGGGGAAGGUUGCUACUGAUGCUGUGCCUACCAUGGCAGAUAUAUUUGUAGCUGCUUCUACGGAAUACACUUCAUCGACAGAAACGAGUCCCAAUUUUUGGUUUUUAGAAGCACUAGUGUAUGUUUUCUGUACGUUUGCACACAGCGACAGCCUCAAUUCCAUGCUAACCAAGAUAAACCGCAUUCUGUCGAGGAAAAGUGCCCAACUGGACUAUCAGUCUUCUUCUCUGCGAAAGGAAUUUUACUUUUUCCCAAAACGUCCUGUCACCUCCGAUAGCGACAGUUGCCAACAAAAUGACGCCGUUGAGUCCGCCACGGGAGGGAGGUCUUUGCUCGCGCAGGCGUCAUGUGGGGACGACACAGCGCAGCUGGUGCUGGGGUAG